AUUCCCUGCCCUUGCCGCAGCUGCCCGCGUGCCCAUCCCCAUACUAAUAUCCCGUUGACCCCCCUCCCUCUCAUCCAGAGGAUCCCCAAACCGCCGCCAUGUCUGACUCCAACGCCUCCCUCUCGGACCACGAGAUACAGCACCAUCAACAGCCUCCGAAGCGCAAGGCUGCUACUGCCCACUUGGACGGAAACGGAAAUGGUCGCUCAGUGAAGAGGAGGGCGUCGAAAGCGUGCCAGUGCUGUCGAGCGCGUAAGGUACGAUGCAAUGUCACCGAGCACGGCGCGCCCUGCACGAAUUGCAGACUGGACGAGGUCGAGUGCAUUGUGUCCGAAAGCAGGAGAAAAAAGAAAUGGUCAAAGGACGAGGACCAAACAACAGAGACAAAUGCCUCGGCAGCCAGCGCGACACGGAAGCUCGCGGCGCGUGAGGCUCUGGACUCUAUUCAGAAUCUUGCAGCUGCCUCAUCCCGUCGAUCACAUGAUCCCGAGCCGAGCAGCGAAGAGCAUGUGCCACAUUCCAUCUACCAAAGCCACGGUAGUCGGCUCAAUUACAGUUUCUCCGAGCUAAAUCGCAGACUCUCGGUAAACUCCAAUUCAGCCGCGCAGCCGUCCAUGCUAGGAUUCAGUCCACUAUCCACAGAUUCCCGAGGACCGUACUUUGCGCAUCUUGCUCCUAAACAGGCGCCGGUCGCGAAUCUUCCAGCUUUCAUCAAACCGCUACCAGCCAGGAUUGGACCCGAUGAAGUCUCGUACCUCGAGAAGAAAGGGGCCCUCACGAUCCCCAGCACCCCUCUGCGCAACGAACUGCUUCGGGCCUAUGUCGAGUUCGUACACCCGUACAUGCCGUUGUUGGAUCUCCACGAGUUUGUGGCUGCCCUAGACAAUGCGGACGGCAACCUAGGGAAGAUUAGCUUAAUCCUUUUCCAGUCAGUCAUGUUUGCUGGCUCGGCCUUUGUGGAUAUGCGCCAUUUGCGAGCCGCUGGUUAUGUCACCCGCAAGGAAGCGCGGAAGGACUUCUUCCAAAAGACGAGGCUCCUGUAUGACUUCGACUACGAGUCCGAUCGCGUAUCCCUAGUGCAGGCACUCCUCCUGUUGACGUAUUACUACGAAACUCCUGAUGACCAGAAAGACACAUGGCACUGGAUGGGCGUGGCCACGUCGGUGGCGCACACCAUCGGCCUGCACCGCAACCCGGACAAGUCGAAUAUGGACGCGAAGCGAACAAAGCUGUGGAAGCGGAUAUGGUGGUCGACCUACAUGCGAGACCGCCUGAUAGCGCUGGGAAUGCGGAGGCCGACGCGGAUAAAGACCGAGGACUACGAUGUGCCCAUGCUCACUCUCGAUGACUUCGACCUCGCGCCCAUCCCUGACACCGUGACAUGCAUCCCGCAAGACUGCAGAAUCGCCCGAGAUGUCGAUAUGCAGCGCCAGUUGGCUAACAUGUGCAUUGAGAAGGCCAAACUAUGUCUCUGCAUCAGCCACGUCCUGUCCAAGCAGUACUGCGUUCUCAACAAUCAGCAGGGCGUCAGCAACGACCGGACGACGAUGAUGCUCCUGCCCAAGAAACUUGAUCCGGAGAAGUGCGAGGUCAAAGCCUGCGACGAGGAGCUCCAGAAAUGGGUUGACGAGCUGCCUGAGGACGCGAAGUACAGCGAUGCUUCGACUGGCGAUGACUGCAUUGAUCUCCACCGCGCACUGCUCCAUAUGGUUUUCUUCACCACGCUCUCUGCUCUUCAUCGCCCCCAAGUCCUGCCAUCAUCCCACAGCAGCAGCGCUCCCAGUCCCAAGAACACCACAGGCGCCGAGCUGCUCGAUGUAUCUCGUCGGAACGUCCGUCGGGCUGCAUCCGCCAUUACAUCCAUCGCUCAACGCCUGGACUCGCUCGACUUGGUAAAAUACCUCCCUACCACCGGCGUGACUGUUCUCCUCCCAGCAAUAAUCAUCCACCUCCUCGACAUCAAGGCUCCAGAAGAAGAAACCCGCCGCGCCUCCCUCCGCGGCUUCUGUCAAUGCAUGCAAGUGAUGGGCAAGCUGCGCGACCUCUACGCAGCCGCCGACUACUCGACCGCUUUCCUCGAAGCCGCCAUCCGCAAAGCAGGCAUCCACAUCGCACCACUGCCAGGCCUGACCACGAACCCUCUCGCGAAGCCCUCGCCCGUCACCACAGUCGAGGACCUCGUCGACGCCGGCCGCCGCCUCGACCUCGCCCAGCUCAGCCAGCAAGCGCCGCACUUCGCGCGCGCCCUGACACCACCUCCGGACGCCGGCACGACCAACCUCACCGCGCUGGAAAAGGGGCCGAACGUCACCGACGAAGAAGUCGCGCGGCGCCUCGAGACGUUCCUCGCGUCGACGCCGCCAGAGAGCGACCACCACAGCGAAGACCACGACCACCUCUCCAUCACGCACACACGCGGCAUGCGGCAGUACGCCUCGCACGACCACGACGAAAAUUGUGACCACGACCACGACGAGGCCUGCCCGCAGUUCCACCCGGAGCACUCGUCGGCCCACGCCAUGCACAUGCCGAACCCGUUCAACCACCACGGCGACGAGAUGAUGUUCUCGAGCCUGCCGCUGAACAACGACUUCGACGACGGCGACUUCGACAGCUUGCUGAAUCUGGAUGCGGUGGGCGAGGCGUUUACGUUCGACGACGGACAUCCGAUCAGCUUGCAGGGGGAGAGCAGCGGGUUUGCGAUGGAUGUGGAUUGGAUGAACAGUAUGGGAAAUUUGGAGAUGGCGAAUUGAGAAAAUCCGACGAUUUGUAUUGUUUUUGUUGUUUUCGUACUGAGUUGCGGUUUUGUUGUGCAAGGCGUACUGCGGAAAAGUUUACCCUAGAUUUUUGUCGUUGCGCAAACGUCGUUUGCAGUUUUUUUGUUUUAUGUUUUUUUUCUUUGGUUGUGGAGAGU